CACCUAUUCACAAAACUUUCAAGGUCAGCUGAAACAAUACAACAAUGCAAAAAAAACAAAAUGUUUCAUUUGUAAAGAGAAAUAACUCAUAUACCAACUAUUACCGCUAUACAACAUCUAAUUAAUCAAAUAUAAUUCUAUUUCAAUUGACCAGAUGGAAUAGUUAAAGAAGAAAAACAAAAAAAUUUAACAUACUACUUAUCCAUUAAAUAAUAAUAGACAUACAAAUUAUUCGUAUUUUCAAUUUCAAUUAAUAAUCAAUAAAUAAUUUCAAUUUUAAUAAAUAAAAUUAUGAUAUAAAUAAAAAUUUCAGAAUCACCCUAGCAACUAUAACUAUUAAACAUGUACAGUGUAUAGAGUAUAUGUUCACUAUGCAAUAUAGAUUAAUGUUUUACAAUGUCUAAUAUAUACAUUCAAUUAAUAAUAUUUAUAUGUAUUUUCAUUGAUUUACCUUUAAUUUAUUCAAAUCGAAUUACAUCAAAAUCAACAUAUAUUGUCAAUGAUUUACAAGAUGUGAAUCUUAUGAGUAACCAUGGUAACUCAGUUGAUAAAUCGAAUAUUUCAAAUUAUUUAUGGCAUUUAUUUCAAAAUCGAAAUAUAAAUUCAUAUCAAAUGGAAAAACCAACUUUAUAUUAUACACCUAAUACAAACAAUGAAAUCAGUAAUAAUACAUCAAUUAAAUUUAAUAAAUCAAAACCUUUACAAUUUUAUCAUAAUUUACAAACAUCCGGAAAUGUAAAUAUUUUUCAAAGAUUAAAAAAUGAUCCAGUUCAUAUAAAAGCAGAGAUGAAUUCAAAUUUAAGAAUAACUAAUCAAAUGAUUCAACCUAAUCAAUUAACUAUAUUCCCUAAUCAAAUUCCAUUAAUACCUAAUGAACGACCAUUUCAUAAUCAUUUAUUAUUAAAACAUAAUGAAAUGAUUCGUUUAUUAGGUGGACAAAAUUUUAAUAGUGAAUUUAUGUCAUUUAAUAAACCAUGGGAAGCUAUCAUGUUUCCAAGUGGUAGAUUAAUUUCAUCAACUUUUAUAAAUGAUAAUAAAAAUACAUUUGAAACAUUAUUAUCAUUAAAUAGAAAUCGAAGAUCACGUAAAAUUAAAUCAAAAAAUCAUCAAAAUUUUUUAAAUAUUUAUGAUUCAUAUAAAAAAAGAAAAAAACAUAAUCACAUAGAUACUAAUUUAAAUCAAUUUUUUCAAAAUAUAAUGCAUCGAUUAAAAUUAAUUGAAAAUUUAAAAUAUAAAAAUCAAUUCAAUGAUCAAUUGUUACAUUUUCAAUCGAAUCAACAAUAUUUUAAAUAUAAUCGAAUGAAAAAAAAUCGUCAAUUAAAACGUAUUCUACGAGAAUUUUUAAAUGAUUAUAAUAAUUGUCCAUUAUAUUAUAUAUGGUAUGAUUUAGGACCAAAAUAUUGGCCAAGAUGGAUUAAAACUGGUCAAUGUGUUAAUUUAGCUAAUACUUCAUGUUCACUACCUCCUGGAAUGUAUUGUCAAGAAAAAAAUACAAAGAAUAUAGCUAUACUACGUUAUAUAUGCCCUGAAAAAUGGCCUUUAUCCAAAUGUAAUUGGUAUAGAGUACAUUUACCAAUUGUAACUGAAUGUAGUUGUCAAUGUACAAGUAAAUCAACACAUAAGAAGGAUUCUUGAUAUAAUGUUGAAUAAAUUUAAUGAUAUUUUCUACUAUACCAUUUUUUUAAAAAAUUUUAUCACUGUGGGAUGACUACUCAAGUUUCAGAUAAAAUUAUGACUAAGAUAUUUAAAUGAUAAUGUGUCAUAACGACGAGAUUACACUGUGCUCAGUAUAUUCAUCUAUAGAUGAGUUUAACAUUGAAAUCACUAAAUAAUAAUUCAUUCAUUUAAACAACCGAUGCUUUAGGUGUGAAACGAUGGUGAGUUUUGAGAAUAAAACCUUAUUUGACAUGUAUUAUUUACAAUUAGCUCAUCAAAGUAUAAUUGUAUAUCAAUAAAACAUUCAUCUAUAAGCAAUAAUGCUUGGUGACUAGCAGUGGAAUGCAGUACACAUUUUUCGGCCUAUUUGGAGCUUGUAAGCUGGAAAUACAUCCAUUUCAGAGUUGAUGUUUACUUAAAUGCAGUACCGAUUACUUCAAGCGUCACGGAAUUAUCUAUUUAGCUACUGAGUCGAGAUAGCCGUUUCUACAAUGCAGUGGAGUUCAGUUCAUUUGUAUUGGCUGUUUGAACUUUCCAUCUUUGUUUCUAAUGUUUGUUAUUCAAUGGCAAUAUCGAGAAAAUCCAUUUGAAAUGCACAUAUGCUUAAAAGAGACUGAUCAACAUCAAUGGAAGAUUCAAACAACCAAUACAUGUGAAAUAUUUAUGUUAUUUUAACACAUACAUUAGUCAUAUUUGAUGAUAAGUAAAAUACUAAGCUUACAUUAAAUAAAUAUUCAAACAUCCUAUAACGUAAUGAAGAUGGAUAGUGACUAGCAGUGGAAUCCAGGACGUGCGUUUCGUCCUAUUUGUGGCUCGUCAGCUGGAUUUACCUGCGUAUUAGUGUUGAUCCUCACUCUACGACACAAACCCACUACCGUUCGCUUCAAACGCUAUUGCUUUAUCCACUUAGCUACUGAGUUCCAAUAGCCACCUGUUUGUGUAAUGGGGUGAAGUUUUAAAUUCAAUUGAUGUCAUUAACUUGUAUCUUCCCAUUGUUAUUU